CACCGGGGAGCGGACACGACGGACCGGCGGCAGGACGAGCUGGCAAGCGGCGGCGCUUUCUCCGACAAAACCGUGGUCUUGAUUGAAAGGAAAACCGCGUAACUUGGGACUGACAGGGUCCUUCCUGCUCGUUUUCGUCAAGUAGUAGCUCGUUCUGAUUCGGGAGUACCGUAGCCGGCGGUGGGGAGGAGGGGGGAGAAAGAUGCGGUUCCAGUCCGGCUCGGUGCGCCGCGCAGUCCGCCGCCUCCGCCGCCGGUGAUGCCCGGCCAGCGGGGAUCACCGCCCAGCAGCAGCAGCAGCAGCAGCAGCAGAAGAGGGAAGAGGUCGGAACAGGAGGGCGUCGGGGGGCCGGUGAUGAUGGUGGUAAGGUCGGGAUCAUGGCUAACGGAACCGGUACUAUCAUGUUAAAAUGCGUCGUGGUCGGAGACGGUGCAGUGGGCAAAACGUGUCUUCUGAUGAGCUAUGCCAAUGACGCCUUUCCAGAGGAGUAUGUGCCCACAGUGUUUGAUCAUUAUGCAGUGAGUGUCAACGUCGGUGGAAAGCAGUACUUGCUGGGACUGUAUGACACAGCCGGUCAGGAGGACUACGACCGCCUGAGGCCGUUGUCCUACCCGAUGACCGAUGUCUUCCUCAUCUGCUUCUCCGUGGUCAACCCUGCCAGUUUCCAGAAUGUGCGUGAGGAGUGGGUGCCCGAGUUGCAGGAGUAUGCACCCAGUGUUCCCUACCUGCUCAUUGGCACCCAGAUUGACCUUCGUGAUGACCCCAAGACCAUCGCCAAACUGAAUGACAUGAAGGAGAAGCCCAUCGCCACUGAGCAAGGACAGAAACUGGCAAAGGAGAUUGGUGCAUGUUGCUAUGUGGAAUGUUCAGCGUUGACCCAGAAGGGCCUGAAGACGGUGUUUGAUGAGGCCAUCAUUGCCAUCCUGGCUCCCAAGAGAAAGAAGGGAUCGCUGAAGAGAAGACUGGGACCCCGCUGCAUCAACUGCUGUCUGAUCACGUGAUACGUAAACCCAGAGAUCAUUCAGCAAACCAACCACAAACCAAACCUGUACUGAAGGCAAAAGACCGACAAGAGAACAAUGCACGGACAGCCGUUAAGACAAGAGAGAGGACUGAAAAAGGACAACAACAAAAAAAAAAGAGCCACUUUAAAGCUGCAGGGCUCUUGAAAGGCCGUAACUCUCUCCUGCUGUCCAACACCGGGGUUGAGGAUGCAGUUUACUACCAAAGGAGCACAAAGCCCAAGUCAGUCUCUUCUUCUAAAAGACUUUUGCCUCAAAAGUACCUUCUUUUAUAACCAUUUUUAAUCAUGUUUUCUGUACAAUGUUGUUGUAUGCUGUCAUACAGAAAAAACAAAAACAAAAGGACAUUUCAGAUUUAAGAGAAAUGCUACAUUUUAAGGAAUUCAUAUUAUUUCUAUGGUUUGGGAAGAUACAUUAUUGAUGUGGGGAUUUCAAUAUCGGAUCAGACGUCCAGAUGAAGAGAGAAAACCUGCAGCUAAUAAAUAACGAGAGGCUAAUUUAGGUGACACUGUGACGGUGCCCAGGAUACAUUUCUGGACAUAAGGGCCAGGUCUUUUUCAUUUAACACUCGUGAUAAAAAAAAAAGACCCUGUUGGCCCACAGUCUGUCUCCAAUUAUUUGUCAUUUGAGGACCUGCAAAUUAAACCGCACAAGACCUUUGCAUUGUGUUCGGGAUAACACAAAUCAUCCAGAGUAGAAUGUGGUUCAGAUGACAGAUUUUGGACCCAGAGCUCUAUUAUUUUAAAGUUUAAGAGUCUUGAUUGUUUGCCUUAUGAAAACUCCAUUGUUCUAUGGUGUGGCAUGCCAAAACAUACUGUAAGUUUAGAUGGGGCCGCGGUCUUCAUCAGGAAGUGAAGAGGUUUAUUAUCCAUUUUUAAAAAUCUAUAUUAUCCAGAGUAUAUGAUUCUGUAUCUCUAUCAUAGAGAAUCCAGUAUGUGAAAAUGAUAUUUUAUCAUCUGAAUUACUUUCUUUAGUUUUAAGGGUUUUUUUUGUUAUUCUGCAAUAAUAUGUUUAUCCUUUUAUCACCUUUAAGAAGGUUUUGAAGAGAGAAGAAGACGGAGAGGGAUCUCAUUUUAGAAAUGAAACUCCAGUUUAUAUCAGCAUCCAAAGAAUCAAAUGCACACACUUUCAUCAUGAUCAGGUGGCUACGAUGGCCCAAUACUGUACAUCUGAGACGCAGCAUAAAGCACAGUUGGUGCCACUUCAUUUCCCAGCUCAACAAAGCACAUUCCUCUGCUUUUAAACACUGUCCCUGUCCCAGAUAAGGCUGAUUGAAGCACAGAAGAUGCACACUGUUCCGUACGGCACAAGGACGAGCAUAGCACAUCAUCUUAACACGCACAAUCACAGUCCAUUACGUCUCCAGAAUUCUGUUCCAAGGCUUCCUUGAACCUCCCAGGCGUCAGUGUUUUAGGAAAUACAAAAAAAGACACAGGAUGGGUUUGCAGCAAGUUGCACCAGCUGUUCAUAACUUAUCCUGGUUACAGUUCAAGUCAUUACUCAUUGGAGUUACUCAUCAUAAUUUAAUUUAAGUUGCACCAAAGAAACUUACUCUUGUCACUAAAUGAGCUGUUGUCCACUGCAGGAAUUUGAGGGCCAUUUUAAGGCAGCCUGAACCUUUGUGCACGUUGUAACUUUGGGAAACGCCCCUGUACGACCUCUUUCAGGGCUGUUUUCAGGCAGGGAAACACUACCUACUUUGGGUUGGAUGCUUCUGGCCGGCCCUGAAAAACUGCUGUGCUGAUGCUGAUUGGUUAAACUUGGAAAAGACCAGCAUCAUUUUUUCAGCCCUUGUUAAGUAGCAGUUUCCUCCUUUUUAAUCUCACCAUCAGCAGCGUACAGUUCACCAUACAGGCCAACAUUGCUGUAUUUCCUACGUGCUUAUCAAAUUGGAGUUAUUGUUCAGUAACUAUUAUUCGUCAUGGGAGUUAACAUGUCCGUCAAAGCUGUUGGAUCCUGCACCGUAUUAGAAACGGAAAGGUUGAAAGUUCUGAUUAGGAGGCCGUACCUAUAAACGUCGCUUCCCCAAAGUUCCUGCAAUGGAAACCACCAAAUAUUUACACCAAGUAGCGGGCAGCAGCUGUUGCAUCAUGUUAAAUAAACCAAGUUAAUGUUAGCUCCCUAAUUCAGCAAUUAUUCAACAAUAACAAUAAAAAUACUGUCUAAGAACUGUAUAAGUUGGGAAUAUUUUAAAUUAAAUUACCCCAAAAGCAACACAGUGCCACACAACUUACAAACUGGCUAACAAAAUGCAAUUUAGCUUAGCAUAAACACUGGUACUUAGUUUUACGUAGCCCUCUAGAAGUGUCCUUUUUGGCAGUUAUGUUACAUUUUUGUAAAAGCAGUUUACACCAGAUUUUUAGUGACUGAGACAAUGGUGCAACCCAAUUCAAGUUUGGACUGGCUUAUAGUAACCGCAACUCAGAAGCACAAACUCAGUGAUGGUUUCAUGAAUAGCUGGUGCCACCCGUUCUGUCGUCUUUCAUUAGAGUCUGAAUCCAAAUAAUCAGUAUAUUUUAGGCUAUGAGGUCCUCACAUGAUGUAAAGGGUUCAUAGAAUGUAUGGGAUGUUUGACCAACACUCAUGUACCAAUCCUGUUUUUGUUUUGUUUCUUCUAUAAAGAUUCAGUGAUCCCUGUAAUGGAGUCAUUGUACGACAUUUUAAAUAGAAAGUGAGAUGAUAUGUAACCAGGAUUUAGAGAAUAGUUUAAAUAUCUACGAGCCCCUAAAACAAGUGUGUAUGCAACAAAGGUCUCCAGCCAACAAUGUGUGUCGUAGGUGCUGUAGGUAAUAACCUGAGGUUGUGACUGAACUUUUCUUGCAAGCCAAACAUCCAAAAUAUCAGCUCUUCUUGUUUUUAUGCAUUUGUUAUUGGCUUUUUCUAACUUUUUUUUUUUUAAUCUAAUAAUCAAAGGUGCCAACUCUUGCUGUUAUUUUUCUGUUCAGAGUCAGAUAUGAUGAUUGAUUAAAGCUUUAAUGUAAAAGGUGCUCCUCCUCUCUGUCCCAGCCUGCGUUGUAUAACUGUCUUUCUGAGCAGCCGAGACGACUGCAGGGUGAACGGCCUUCUCUCUCGGACAGUUUUGCUUGCUUAACGUUGUGUGAAGGUCCACCCUCAGGAUCCAGGACCUAAGUGCCACAGCCACCAAUGCAUUCUUCCGUUGAUGCUCCUCUCUUCUCAAUAAAUGUGUUUACUGUGUUAAUAA